AAGAAGAAGAAGAAGAUGUUACUCUGGAGGAGCUCGGCCCUCGUUCUGCUGUUGACGCUGCAGUUUGUGGCGGGUUCUUGGGCUCAUCGAUGUUCGUCUCCGGAUAAGAAAUGUGACUUUGUGUGUGACUGUUCUGACUGCAGCGAUGAGCAAGAGUGCAGCUACAGCGGGAAAGGGUUUGAGUGUGACUUUGAGGAAGCAGGAAUGUGUGGAUGGACUGACAAGUCCUUGAAUGCAGCUGUGUACAGCUGGGAGAGACGUCAGAGAGGAGGGGACACGCUGCCCGACAGCGGACCGUCCUCUGACUACACCACCGGGACAGCUACAGGUUGGUUUAUGGGAGUGAGUGCAGUGGCGAAAGAGUCUCUCAGCACUGCGGUUUUAAUCUCCCCAGAGAUGAAACAAUCUUCACCGACCUGUCGCCUUCGUCUCAGAUACUUCCUGUGGGACUCAGGUCACACAGGUCUGGGCUCCACACCCCUGUGGGCUUCCAUCAUUCGCCAGGGCUCUCGAGAGGCCGUGGUGUGGCGCCCUGAGGUCACCAGCGUCCGUGGCUGGAGGGAGGCUACCGUCUUCCUGGGCCGUAUUCCCACAACCUUCCGAAUCCAUCUUUCCUCGCAGCGCUCCGAGGGCCGAAGGGGAGAUGUGGCUGUGGACCAGCUGGAGUUUCUGGACUGUGCUCUGCCAUUACCACUCCCUGGUAAAGAGUGUCCAAAAGGGAUGGUGGAGUGUAGGCGUGACGGCUGUGUGGAGCAGAAGCAGGUGUGUGACGGCAGCGACGAUUGCGGCGACGGGACUGACGAGGAGAACUGUGAAGGGUACCGGCGCUGUGACUUUGAGGAGGACCUGUGCGAUUGGGAUCUGAAGUCACUGUCCCCACUAAUAUGGGUCAGGACGAAUCAGGAGAACAUCUCUGUCUCAGAUCCUCUUAAAGGGCCAGGCAGGGACCAUUCCAACAACAGUGCAACAGGUCACUUUCUAUAUGUCACUGUCCCUGAUGGUGGACUCACAGCUGACUGGGCCGCUUUCCAAAGUCCCCGCCUUCAACCCACCAAUAGUUCACAUCCUUGCAAGAUGGUGAUGUACACUCACCAGUUCGGGCCGAGGUCCGGCGGUCUGACGGUGCUGGUGGCAGAUCGUGUGAUCUACCCAGUGUGGGAGAGAGGCGGUGCUCUAGGAGAUGUUUGGGUGAAGGCAGAGGUGGAGAUUGUCACUAACUCCACUUUCCAAAUUGUAAUGAUGGCAGCAAUCAGGGACUUUGCAUAUGGAGGUAUCGCUGUCGACAGCAUUGUGUUGUCUCCUGAAUGCCGCUUGUCACCUGCCAACGAUACCUGGGCAACUUUCCCUAAACCUCCUAAACACCCGUGUACUGAUGAGCCGGACAAGAUGUGUGAUUUCCAUUCUGACUGUAAAGGAGCGGAGGAUGAAGCCAAAUGUGGGGAUUUCUCUUACACUGACGGCAGCUCAGGCUGGACUGACGCCAGCAUUGGGAGUCAAGGUUGGGUGCUACAUGCAAAUUUCACAUCCAAAGAGGAGUACCUGUAUGUAGCCAAGGCCCCAGGCCAGCAGCUGACCGAGGCCCGGACACUGACGCCCCUUCUGGGCCCCUCCGGCCCAGCCUGCACCCUGAGCUUUGACUUUGCACUAACUGGGAAUCCAGAUCACAUUGGUGAGCUGUCUGUCAGGGUGAUUGACAGCUUGUUGGGUGCGCGGCCAAAGCUCUGGGAGUUCAGUGGAAAGACAGGAACAGAGGAGGGGGCGUGGCAACACGUCGACUUGCCUAUUGGAGCCAGAAAAGAUCGCUUCCAGCUGGCGUUUGAAGCUCGCGCUGUGAAACUGUCUCCAUGCGCCAAGAUUAAAGUGACAAACGUUCACUUUGGCAUCUGUCAUGCUGAUUAUUUUCCAUCAUCUCCAACAGGGUUGUCAUGUAACUUUGAAGAUGGACUGUGUGGAUGGUAUCAGGACAACAGUGAUAACUUUGACUGGGGUGUGAUCAACGGGAUGGAUCACACCAUCGGGAUCGGCAGAAGCCUUGUCGUGGACAUGUGGAGUCCGUCUCUGCGCGGUGCGUUCGGGCGCUUGGUUUCAUUCACACAGUCACCAGGCGCUACAGAUCAGUGCCUGUCCUUCUACUACAAACUCUACGGGCCGAACACGGGUGCUCUGAAUGUGAAGCUUCUGGAUAAGAACGGCUAUGAGACCAUCCUCUGGACCCGCAGUGCUGCUCAUGGCAACGUGUGGCACGAGGCGCACUGCCCGGUGCCACACCAGCUCACAAACUUCCGGCUGAUGUUUGAAGCGGUUCGCUCUGGUUUUGACGGGCGCAUUGCCAUUGACGAUGUGACGUUCGUGCGCCGCCCGUGCACCGUGCCGAGGAUGUGUUCCUUUGAAGGCCAGCGGUGCGGUUACAGCAGCUCGGGUAGAGUUCAAUGGCCCCAUCGCAACGGACUCAGCACCACAGUGACUGGACCCAAGACCGACCACACCCUGGAGACUGAACUGGGUUUCUACAUGAUGGCUAACACCGGAGCCAACAUCCUUCCUGCCGGCAGUACGACGGUCCUCACCUCCCCUGUUCGCCAAGGAACCGCCAAGACUGAGUGCGUCAGUUUCUGGUAUCACAUGGGAGGAGAAAAUCCUGGUUCUCUGACAUUGUAUAUGAAGCCGGUGAAGGGAGAAAGGGUGAAGAUCUUCUCUGACAGUCUGAACCAGGGAGAUGUCUGGCGCCAUGGCAACGGCAACAUCUCGAGUGCCCUUGUGGACUGGCAGCUGGAGUUUGAGGCGGUUGGAGCAGGAGGCAAAGACACUCACGUUGCAGUUGAUGACAUCUUCCUUUCAGCUCAUCCAUGUGAAGAUCGAGGCUCCAAGUGCAGUCUGGAGAGAGGAAUGUGCAGCUGGAGCAACACUCAAAACGUCAGAGUGGACGAACUGGACUGGGAGCUGACGAGUCAGGAAGCAGAGAAACACUACCCCACCCCACCUGAGGACCACAGUCUGGGCACAGAGAAAGGUCACUUCCUGUUCUUUCCAAGCAGCAACCGGACGGCAGCCAAUCAAAAGGCUCAUCUGCUGAGCCCUCACCUGCCCCCGACCAAGGGCACCUGCCUGAAAUUCUGGGCCUACAAGCCAUACUCAUCGGACAGCCAGCUGAGGGUGUGGAAGCGGUCUAAAGGCGGUUUUCUCCAUCAGCUGCUGGUGGUGAGUGAACUGGGAGCACCCUGGAAACGCUUUGACGUCAACAUCACAUCUACUGAGGAAUACCAGAUUGUGUUGGAAGGAAUCAAAGGCUCAUCAGGCGUCAUAGCUCUGGAUGACAUUGAGUACACCGUCGGAGUCAACUGCGCUAACAAAGUCACAGAUUUAACCUCACCGACGCGAGACGACUCAGGAGGGAUCGCAGCGUCCGUCAUCGUGGUCCUGCUGCUGAUCGGCACUUUGAUCGCCCUGCUCAUUUACUACCUGCGAAUCCAACAGAGAAUCAACGCUAUGACCGGUCCAUCAUCAUCAUCACCACCAUCAUCUUCCUCAGUUGGUUUCAGUAAUGACAUAUAUGAACCAGACAUCACACAGGACCAUGUGAGGAUUCCACCGACGCAAAACCAUCCGAUGGCAGCUGGGUUCAAUGUUGUCGAUGUCUCUGAGGAUUUCAGAGAGAUGGAGGUGGCGUGAGGCAGGAGGAGCGGCGGUCCCGCCACCUAAAGGUGGCUUUGUGAAAAUAAGGCGAUAUCACAGCAGAAGAACUGCUUGUGUCGCCCUUACAUGACACACACACACACACACAUACACAAACACACACACACUCACAUACACAAGCACAGCCCGCACACUGAAACCCUGAUGAAGGCCUAAUCGAUGCAGCUGCCUCAGAUCUGACGGAGCCCUCGAGAGUCACAGCUCUCUGCCUGCGGACGGACAGAUGGAAGUCAGAAGGAAGUCAGAAGGAGAACGUCUAAGGCACAGAAAUUAGUUUAACUUUCUUUAAAUCGAGACUGGGCAUAACCCAUGAAUGGCAGAACAUGGUUGCGUGGAGAUUUAGGAUCCAUUUAGGAUCUGUAAGGAAGCAUGAACUGGGGGGCAUAGACCAGGCAAGGAUGGUCUAAUGAAAAACA